AUGGUUAAUGUGGAUUUCGCUCGCCAAGCCGUUCAGCGUCUGCUCACACUCGGGGUACCAGCAUCAAAAAUCGAACUAUCAGUAGAGGCUCUGGGGUUUUCACCAGGCGCACGCCAACCUCCUCGAACUUAUGCUGAACUGGUUGCUAGCGGCGCACUUCCUUUCUCGAACGGCCAUUUCGAAGACUAUGUCUAUCAGUCACAGAAGCAAGUCCUUGAGAAGACCCGCCUCGUUAAAGAUAGAGGCCUGUAUGGAUCUUCCAUUUCCACCGUUCUCUACGACCUGCCCGCUAAGAACCGUUCUUCUCUACUCAAUGCCGCACUAUACUAUUGA